GGCAAGCGGCAGAGACCCAACGCCCAUCCCCGACAGCGACCGCGAGCUCCUCUUGGCCGCCAUCGACGAGCUCAAAGACAUCGUGAUGAGCGACGAUAUCUACCGCAACAUCAUCAAGCUCCAUCACCGGCACGCCGAGAUCCCAGCCGGAUUCGAGAUCCAAGCGCCCAUCAGCGGCAUCGAGCUCGCUGUGUACGUCCAAGAUCCGGACGAGGGAACGAUUUACGUCGAUAUGAGGCACUGGCGCGUUUGGACCACCGUGUUACCCAGGCUGGUGAAGCAUAUGGUUACGGGUCCGUGGGGAUGGGAUGCCAUGGUCACGGCCUCCCCGCCGGGUGCCUCGUUCGUUCUGAGGAAGAUGGAGUAGGUGUGGUGAGCCGCAGGAUCAGUCCAACUCACUCCAGCAAGGCUGUUGUUUACCAAAUUGCCUGUGGGGUUGGGGGGAGUACGUUGGCUUCCACUUUGGAUAUCACGGCUCCCGACGAUUUUGUGUUAUUGCACCGCCACGUGCGAGGGAUUUGGGAGGAAUGAAGCUUUGGGAAACGUGGCAG